CCCUAAUCCUCUUCCCCUUACCCUGAUACAAUGAAUACAAAUCCAUCGGCGUUCGGCACACGUAGCGGUACCGUCCCCUCCUCUUCUCACGUCAAUACGCCCUACCUCCCUCUCUAGAAUUAUCCCCCCGCCUGAAAUUUAGAACGGCAACAGCAAAACCAGAACUCCAAUGCCUUCUCCAUCGCUAACCGAUAGCCCGAUAUAACCUUCCUUCGGCGCCACGACCAACGAAAUGUCAGGCAAUCAGAGCGUGCGCGGAUUCACUGAAACAACGCACGUCCUGUAUAAAAUGGCGGUUUCCCCAUAUUUACGCUCCAGAUUGACAGGGCUCAGGAAGGCUGUGUUCUUGAAGUUCUUCGGAUGUGGCAGAAUCCUGAGCAUCAGACUGGAAACUCUGUUCCUUCGAUGCGCCAGCAGGCUCAAAUCAAUAAUGGCGAUCAGCAGCCGACGGCGACCGCCCGGGCUGCUUACAAUGUCUCUGGCUCUGGAAGAGGGAGUCAGAAUGUUCCCUUGUCUUCCAGGGCAGCUGCGCCAGUAAUCCAACCUCAGCAAACCGUUUUACCUAAUCUAGCGUUUGCGGCUAUGCCGGUUACCUCUACGGUUGGAUUGCCUAUGCCCAUUGAUCAGAGGAUCCGGGUGUUCGAAUCUACUGGGGCGUGUACCAGCAGCGUCCCGCCAAGAGGGGUUUCCUCGCAGCCUGGCUGUUCUUUAUCGCAGGAGUUUCUUUCGCAUAUCAGAGAUCAGAACAUCGAAAUUGAUUCUCUGUUAAAUCAUUACAGAAAUAUGAUUCGUAAGGGAAUUGAGGAGACGCAAAAGAGGUACUUUAGUUCGCUUAUUGUUAUCUUGGAGAAGAUUGCGUUGAAGCGGGUCCUGGAUAAGGAUGCCGAGCUGGCGAACGUGAAUCGGAGAAAUUCUGAGCUGGAGGAAAAGAUCUUCCAGUUGUGCUCCGAGAACCAGAUGUUGUUUAGUCGUGCCAGUCAAAAUGAGGCAUUAGUCUCCAGGCUCAAGGCAACGCUCGAACAAGUUUUAAUCCAGACAACCGCUGCGGAGACGGCGCCUCCGCCGGAGGUUGAGGGUUACGGCGAUACCGAUGGGAUGCCAUUUCCUGCUAAUGACGAGCAGUCCUGCUUAAAGAUCGAGGAAGAGAAGCCGGAGAGCAGCGAGAAAGUUCGCGCACGGAUGGUUUGCAAGGUUUGCCAGUUGUAUGAAAUGUCCAUUCUCCUUCUUCCUUGCCGCCAUAUUUGCUUGUGCCUGGAAUGUGAAAAGACGGUUGUCAUAUGUCCCAUCUGCAAUAGCUCGAAGGAAGGCGCCGUCCAGAUCUUCAUGCCUUAAGUCCUUGUCAAGAUGAGAUCAAUCUCUUUUCUGUCUCUCUAUUUUGGUUAAUCUCGGGGAACAAUUUCAGAUAUAUAGAACUACCAUUUCUUGAAUUUUUUUUUUCGUUCAUUUCAUAGGUUGAAUCUGUAUACAAACAGAACCUUUUCUUGCCGUUUAAUCGCAUGCCGAAAACCUUGAUAGGACUGAUAUAUUUUUUUUCCUUAUGAUUUUGUGCUAAAUCUUUGUAUAUAGAGUCGGUGCAAGACAGAUUUUUUU